UGAGAAAAAAAGCAUCGCCAAUCAUAAGGAAAAAUCCUGUACUUCAAAAUCACCAUUGACCUUGUAUUGGGCAUAUCUGAGGUCUAUUGCCAAACACACAACUCUUGACCAAUGUAAUAGAUGCUAGUGUAUGCGGUGACAUUCAGUAGCCGCUACUACCCGCUUACUUAUAAAACAAUGGGAAACCCUGCGAAAACCUGCGUUGGUCCCUCUGGUCGAGGGGGAGUGCAAAAAAAAUUGUAUUGAAGCGGAGCAUGUGUCGACUUUUUUUGGAAGCAAUCGUAGCAACUAUCACAUAUACGACGACAGUAUGGGCGAAUGUUCUGCUGUUGGCCCGAGAAUUAAAAAGAGCAACCAUUGUCUCAUCCAUCCAUGCUGCCUGGGGGAAAAUACAUGCGUGGACGAGUUAUACAACGUAUUUUGUACUGGUACGCUGCUAUUGUAUACAUAGAAGACCAGAAUUUGAAGUGCAGCAGCCAUAGUAGGUGAGAUGGCGGAUAAUGUGUUUAGGCAUGAAUAUCGUUACGGAUGAUUUGAGUCCCUGUCAAUCUAUUUAAAAUCAAGGUUCUUGCCAUCAAUCCUUUCUUUUGUUGUUCGCUAAUAACAGUAAACACGUCACAUCCGCGAGUAAAAGCUGGACUUGCUCCAGAUGCUAUAUUUUUGUCAUUUU